GCUGCUUGCAGAGCUCAUUGAGGACUAUGGCCUCGUCAACUUCGAGCCUCUGGAUAUCGAGGACAAGGAGUGCGCACUCCGUGUGCUGGGUCGUUGUGAUACAGCCAACGGGCACAUGAUGAAUGCUGAGAAGGUGGAGGAUCCAAGCGAUCCGGUGGCUGGCAUCCGCAUGUUUCAGGCUGGCAUUAGUGAUGCUGGCGAGUUCCUGGACGAGUAUCUCGAGCGGUACGAGCAAAGGCUACAG